UAACCACUUUAGCACAACUUUUUAGAUUGGUGGGUUUGAAACAGGGCAAAGCAAAACAUGUUUCUCAUUUUUAUCAUGUAUCUGAUUUCAGGUCAAGUUGGCUGUGACGAAGGUGGUAAAGUCAAAGGAUAUGAAGGAGGAAGUGUCAUUAUCAUUUAUAAAUACCAUUCUCUAGAGCACAGCAAUCACACAAAAUACAUUUGUAAGGUCAACAACGGGACUUGUGAAAACAUCCUUUCUCAAACAGAGGAAAAAUGGAAUCUUAAAGAAAAAUAUUUGGGUGUAGAUGACAAUCGAGCUGGAGUUUAUAGCGUUCUCAUUAGAAAUUUAAGCCAGGAGGAUGGAGGAAGUUACAUAUGUGGAGUGAAAAAUCAAGAAGAAAAGACGUUAAAACUGGAGCUGGAUGUGGAAAAUGUGACAGGACUGAAUUAUGGAAAGUCUCUUUCACUCACGACUCAUCCUGGAGACAACAUAAGCUUCAGCUGUAUGUAUCCCCAAAGGCAUGAAAAGGACCUAAAAUAUAUGUACAGAGUGACCAAUCAGAGCAUAGAAGCCAUUAUAUACACUUAUACAGGACAUGAAGAGAAAUACAGGCACAAGCUUUACGUCUCCUCAAAGGAUGAAGUCCUCAAUAUGAGCAUCAGCAAUGUGACAGUGGAUGAUGGGGGACUUUAUCUGUGUGGAGUUUCAAAUGUUGAGCAUUCAUAUGUGUCUAUAUACAGUGAAAUGCAACUAUAUGUUACAGGACAUCCAACAAAUGCAAACAUACAAUCUUUAAGUUCUUCAGUCGUAACCAUCAUUUUGUACGUCGGUGUGGCUCUGCUGCUGAUCAUAGGAUCUGUGCUGAUCUUCUGCAAAAUGUGGGACAUAAAGACAAAAGGUGACUCCUCACCAGCUGACAGAGGAAACCCAAAGAACACAGAGAAACCCCAGACUCUGAUGGCUCUCAGUGCAGCUGGUAAAAGUGACACUUCAUCUCCAGACACUGAUGAUCAAGAUUACUACUCCAUGCUCACACUUUAAAUGUUGUAAUCAUUAAAUUUAGUAAUAAUCAU